UUUCCUGUAGAAUUUUUAGGCACGUUGUUGCAACAUAUUAUGACGGAGCAAAUGACUUCGGAGCCCAAAGACGUACAUGGUCGAGAAACGUCGCCUGACGCUGUAUUCAACGCGUUAACUGUUGGUUUAGAGCAACUGUUGCCUGGCGUUGUCAUCCUGACAGGAGGACGAGACAAACGCGGUGCGCCCGUCAUUGAGUGCCAUCAGCGAACGGACGAACAACAAUCAAUGACGGAUGCCUCCAUUGUACGCAUUCUGAAGUAUUUAUGUCGCGUGCCGAGAUUUGAAAGGCAGGAUCUAGGUAUUAGUCUGGUAGUUGAUGUGAGGGAUGUGAGUGAGGAUGUGUUGCAGAGAAUGAUGAGUGCCCUUCGAAUGCUUCAUGAUUUUGAUAAGAGCGUGAUUGGUAUGGUUUACAUCAUCACUCCAAAAGAUGGUCCUAUCAGAGUUGCUUUAUCCGAACAAUUUAAAGAAACUCAACUUUACUUGCAAUUACCUUUCAAGUUAAUGUUUGAGUUGUCUGAGCUGUCAAAUGACAUUGAACCUGAUCAGCUCACUGCAGACUUGGGUGGCACUCUACAAUAUAACCAUGAAGAAUGGAUAAGAUUUCGACUUACUAUUGAACCUUUCAUUACUGACUGCCGCAGUUGUGCCAAGAGCCUAAAGGCUGCUGUCUCUACAGAACAGCCGGUAGAAGAAUUAUUCAAAAAGUUGCGUGUUGAUCAGCUUAUUCAGGAGGCACAGAGAAUUGUCUCUCGUAUGUGUAACCCACCACCAGAAUGGGCAUCUCUUGCCUGGUCGCCAGAUUACCGAGGAAUUAUUGCAUAUAUUGAACAGCUGUGUGGACAGUUGGAGCACUUACGAACAAACUUGAAUGUUGUGGUGAAACGUUCAACAAAGCGUGCUGGAUCGAAAAGCAGUGUGUCAUCAAAUAGUCCUCAAGAAGCUGUAGAAAAUGCUCUGGAGUUUAUUCAGACUAGAGGGACGGUGUUUCUAAGAGAACUGAAAGACUACGAAGACUCGCUGGGUGCAGCAAGAAAUUUGUUGGAGGAAUUUGCUGAGUUUGAGACACAUGCAAAGGGCUUGUGUGAGGCAGGCAAGGUUGCUGCUAAUGAUAUUCUUAGUUCUUCUAAAGUACAAGGUCAACAUUCAGUACGAUCUAGGCAACUAUUGCAACAUGUAGAACCAUUUGUUGCAUCUAUGGCCGACAAGAGACGACAUCUGGAAACUGUAGUGAAGUUACAUGAGCUUGUCAACAAGGCUUUCAGUUGGAGCGUGGGUUUAAGUCGUUUUCUUGGACGACAGCAAGUUCUUUCUAAUGCGUCAAACAAGGCUAUGUUGGAUAUGCUUGAUGAGUGUCGAUCAUUUCAUGGUAAUCACAGUGGACUAACUGCUAAAGAGGUUGUUCAGUUGAAAGGGCUUGCUAUUUCACUGCGACAUCCACGAGCAAGCACACAAGCUGACGUUGCAGUUAUUGCCAGUGAGGAGGCUGAUGGACGCUUUACAUCACGUAUAGAGCUACUAGAAAGAAUGCAAACAAGAGAAACACAGCCCUCAUCAGUUGGAACUGCAGAUGUUGAGUUCUCUAGUAUUGAUGUCACAGACAGUGAAGAAGAAUCUGAUGAAGAAGAUACAUUAGUGGAAGCGAUGUCAGAUGACAGCACGUCAGUAAUGUCAGUCUCACUUACAACAGAGAUUGCUGAAGUAGCUAAACGAGAAAGAGUGGCUACAUUGACGAAAGCAGUCAGUACAGAUGCAACUGUGCCAGACAUGACUCUACGGGCUUCCGAUGAGCAAGAACUCUUACUGCAGUCUAAUACAUGGCAACAGAUGGCAGCUGCUGCUCGACUGUCAACUGUAAGUGAGGACAUGACCGUUGUAGAAGAUGAGGGGUAUGAGGACGAGCUGGAUGAUGUAGAUGAGCCAGACUCUGCAGCAACGGAAGGAGAGCUAGCAACACAAGCUGCAAUGUCGAAACGAAGAAAAAUGUUGAUGCAAGAGCUCGUCGACACAGAGGAACGCUAUGUGGAAGACCUUGAGUUUGUUUGCAAGAACUAUGUGAAUGCCUAUUUGACAAGUGACUUAGUGCCCAACAGUCUUCGUGGCAAGACAAAUGUCAUCUUUGGAAACAUUACUAUGCUUUAUGAUUUCAACAAAAAUUUGUUUCUGCCUUAUCUGAGGAAGCAUGCAAACACUCCACUGAAGAUUGGAUCUUGCUUUAUUGAAUUUGAGCAAGACUUGGGACGAUAUUCCUUGUACUUUAAAAUCAUGCCUCAACAAGAGCAAAUUUUGGGAGAAUCACCAGCUAAAGAUUUCUUUCGGACAAUUCAGAUCAAGUUGAAUGAUCCUAUGGGCCCACUCUCUUUUCUCAUCAAACCAUUUCAACGGAUGGCUCGAUAUCGCCAGUUCUUAGAAGGUGUAAAGAAGUAUGCACCUCCCGGGUUACAUGGCAAGCCAGCUGACGAUCUUGAGUUGGCUCUUAAACAAGUUUCAUUUCAACUUCGUCAUGGAAAUGACCUGCUGGCUGUUGAAGCAUUGAAAGGUUUUGAUGGUAGCCUUGUUGAGCAAGGGCUAUUGAUUCUUCAGGACGAUUUCAUUGUGACUAGUCGUAAAGGGUCCCACAAACGUCGUCUGUUCCUCUUUGAGGAAAUGCUCAUCUUUAGUAAACAGAAGAAACCUAAGAAUGCCGGAGAAGUGUUUGAUUUCAAAUAUGCUUUGAAGACUGCUGAUAUGGGACUGACUGAGUCAGUAAAAGACAGUACAUGCAAGUUUGAGCUUUGGUUUCGGAAGCAAAAGAAGAAGGACACUUACAUGUUACAGGCAGAGAAGGAAGAGGUGAAGGCCGAGUGGGUGAAAGAAAUCCACAAUAUCCUCUAUAGGCAAAUAUCAAAGCUGAAAGAACAAGCUGUACGUGGCAGUGCCACUUCGGCUCUUGCUCCUACGCGAGAUUCCAUGGGUCAGCACACUGCAUCUUACUAUUCUGACCCAUCGUCUGUCCUUGCAAGAUCUUCAGUCAUCGAAGACCAUGUCAGCCAAAGCAGUACCAGCACAGUCAUGAGUGACAGGUGGCGUAUGUCAAAACGAGAGAUACCACCAUUGGGUCAGACAGGCAGUGAUAGAAUUAGUGGCAUAUCAGCACUGGCAGGUGACCAAGAGGAUCCACCUGAUGAGAAUGAUAGUGGAUCAGGACUGUAUUUCUCAUCUGACAAAGUGCUAACAGGAUUGCCUGGCGAUCCGUAUCGUUGUGUGCGUGAGGAUUCAGUGUAACAGACAACAUUAACAGAACACUCUGUAAUUGGCUAAUGACAGGCAGCAAUUACCAAGUAUGUUUUAUAGGUUUGUAUUGCACAGCUGAGUUAACAAUCGGACACGGCUUAUUGAUUAGGGAGAUGUGCGCUCAGUUCUUACAAGGUGAACGGAAUGACAGCCUUCCUGUCUUUCGGGUAGUCUUCGAAUUUAUUAUGAUAAUACCUACAAGUCACAAUACAAUAAAGCUACACAUGCUACAUUCUCCGUCACUCUUGCAUUCAUUGCACUUUUUCUAGUUUGAAAAAUGGACAG